AUUAUAAGAUAAAAUAAAACCUUUCUGCUUGUUUCUCAUUUUCUCGCAAGUUCAGCAGCACGCCUGCAAGAAACCUCGGGGGCAGCCAUGGCGCCUGGCUGUUGCUUCUGUGGGCGGGGGAAUAGGAGGAAAAGCGGUAAUCACCCACCCAUUGCAGAAGAAAGUUCUAUUCCAAUUGAGGCAACUGUCAACAAAGAACAAGAGAUCAAAGAGAAAACUGCUAUUCCAAUUGAGGCAAAUAUCAGCACAGAAAAAGGGGAAAGUACUAUUCCAAUUGAGGCAGCUGCUAACAGAAAAAAAGGUGUUCGGACGUUUUCUCAUGAAGAACUAGCAAAAGCAGCUCGUUAUUUCUCCAUUAGCGAUAACAAUCGGCUAGGCGAUGGUCUUACAGGUGAAGUUUUUAAAGGAGAACUUCCAAAUGGUGAAGUUGUUGCAAUUAAGAGGUUUAAACAUCAAGCUAACCCAGAGCAUGAGAAACUGGCGAGAAAUCAAUAUGAGAUGGAGGCUGAAAUCCUCAGCCGCAUUGAGCCUCACCAAAAUAUUGUGAAGGUGAUAGGAUACUGUGAUGAUGCAUCCAACAGAUUGCUUGUUUAUGAGUUUGUCCCCAACAACUCUUUAAAGUCUUGUUUGCAUGGAAAGGAAGAGCAUACUAUUAAGUGGUCAGAUAGAUUGAAAAUUGCUUUAGGCAUUGCAAAAGGAUUAGCAUACUUGCAUGAAAUCUGUAAACCCAGAAUUAUUCAUCGAGAUAUUAAAAGUGCUAAUAUUCUUCUUGGUGAUGAAUUUAUCCCAAAGAUUGGAGAUUUUGGACUUGCCAAAGAAUUUAUGAGUUCUCAUACUCACGUUUCUACUGGCCCAAGGGGAACUAUUUCUUAUGAACCUCCUGAGUAUUACAUAGCUGAUCUGAGAGGGAAGCUCACUGAAAAGUCUGAUGUCUUUUCAUUUGGCGUUGUUCUUUUGGAGUUAAUUACAGGGAAAUUUGCCAUACUUGGAGACAAUGAGCGCUUAGUUAAUUGGGCACUUUCUCCUCUCAAACAAGUUCUGGAAACAGACAAUAAAGAAGAUUUGGAUAUGGAAAAGUAUAAUAAUCUUGUUGAUUUCAAAUUGCAAAAGGAUAAUGGCAAAAAAGAAAUAAGUCGAAUGAUUUAUUGUGCAGCAGCUUGUGUCUAUAAACCUAUGAAAUUACGUCCAAAAAUGAGCCAAAUAGUUGAAGUACUUGAAGGAAAUAAAGAACCUAUGGAUUAUAUAUGGCUGAGAAAUGACACCCAGUACCUAUAUCAAGGAUCACCCUACGCUCUACCAGAGGCGCUGAGGCCGGCGGUGCCAUAAAGCGGAAAAUUAUAAAAUAUAAUGGUUGUAUUAUGUAAGAUAUUUAUAUGAUAUAAUAAAUUAAUAAAAUAAAAGUAUGUGUGUAAAAUAAUAUUUAUUUUUGUGUGAAGAAAAAAAAAAUACUAAUUCAGUCAAUGGUUGAUUGUGAAAGGAACCGAGCAGGAAUCUGGCAAAAUCGACAGAGAUUGUGAUUAAGGAGCCUGAUACCAGUUUUGUGAACUUUUGUUUUCCAAUCUCUGUGCGGUGCAAGUGGCCAACAGGACGGAGAGGAAUUUGGGCAUGUGAGUUGUAUGCCAACACUAUUUGUAAAGGCAUAGCUUCAACACUUUAUUAGUAUGGCAACAAUGCUUCUGUUGGAGACGAUUAAAGCUACAGAUUUUAUAGUAGUAUUUUUUUACAAUUGAGCCUCUCAUUUGGUUUUUGUACCUUUGAGCUUUGUGAUUAGUCAAUACGACUUCUUUAGCAUGGAAUUGCCAAGGUAGUGGUUAUUUCUUGGCAAUAAAAUCUUUGAAAGAGCUUAUUCGUAAAUAUCAAUCGUGUAUUGUCUUUCUUAUGGAGACUAUGAAUUAGUGUGCAUAUAUGCAACGUUUACAACAACAUAAUGGGUAUCUUUUUCUAUUUUUGUUGA